GAGCUGGAACUUUUAGUGCUGCUGGGUCGCAUAAGAGACUGUUAAAUAAACUAAGCCAUCUCUCUCUCCCUCUCUGUCUGUCUUCCAUUCUCAUCGUUCCAUUCCCUUUUUUCUUAUUUGGAAUUUCAACUCUAAAUUCUCCAUCUAAUCUACAAAUCCCUAAAAAAAAAAAACACAAUGAGAUUAACUUCAGUAAUCCACAAUAAUAGCAUCAUUCCACUCUCCCUCAAGGUUUCGCCAGCUAAUUACACUUCUAGUGUCCAAUUCUCUCAUCCUCAUCUCCCUUCUUUCAAUACAGUCAUUAGCAAACGCCGUGGCCAGAAUUCUCCAAUUUCAUGUGCAAGGGGCACUGAACAGGAGGAUGAUCUAUCCCCUUCAGAAGCUGUGAAGACGAGUUCUCAGACACGCGAUGAUGUUGGCAAAUUUAUUACCUCUACUGCUCCCCCAUCUGUGGAUAAAGCAGAGGAGAAAGUUAAAGGAAAUUAUAAGACAUCGGUUAAAACUGUUGCUUUAUGUGUGUGCACUGCUGUGGCAUUUGGCUUUGGUGUUGGUUUGAAGGAUGGUGUUGGCAAGGCGUCUGAGUUUUUUGCCGGAUAUAUUUUGGAGUUAUGCCCUCUGACAUUGAUCAAGAUCUCACGCCACUGGAAGUAA